CAGCUCAAAACCUACCCUGUGCAGAGAGAGUCGGAUUCACGUGCAGUCGCUGAGCGAAAAACAAUACAAAGCCUGAACUUCCAGAGGAGCCUGACUCUGAAAACUACGACCUGCAGCCUCCGGUUAUUCACGGAGCGACGCUAAAGGCGGCACAAAUCUCUUCCUCCUUCUUCUACUACGCAGUCGUAAAACUCCACAGCAACCAUGUUUGAGGCUCGCCUGGUCCAGGGCUCCAUCCUGAAGAAGGUUCUGGAGGCUCUGAAGGAUCUGAUCACGGAGGCCUGCUGGGACGUCAGCUCGUCCGGCAUCUCUCUGCAGAGCAUGGACUCCUCUCACGUCUCCCUUGUCCAGCUCACCCUGCGGCACGACGGCUUCGACUCGUACCGCUGCGACAGAAACCUCGCCAUGGGAGUCAACCUGAGCAGUAUGUCAAAAAUCCUGAAAUGUGCAGGAAAUGAGGACAUCAUCACCCUCAGGGCAGAAGACAAUGCAGACACACUUGCCCUUGUGUUUGAGACAGUCAACCAGGAGAAAGUCUCCGACUAUGAGAUGAAGCUGAUGGAUCUGGACGUGGAGCAGCUCGGUAUCCCAGAGCAAGAGUACAGCUGUGUCGUCAAGAUGCCCUCUGGGGAGUUCGCUCGUAUCUGCCGUGACCUGUCUCAGAUUGGCGAUGCUGUCAUGAUCUCCUGCACCAAGGACGGAGUCAAGUUCUCCGCCUCAGGAGAGCUGGGAACAGGAAACGUCAAGCUGUCCCAGACCAGCAACGUGGACAAAGAGGACGAGGCUGUUACCAUUGAGAUGAAUGAGCCCGUCCAGCUGAUCUUUGCCCUCAACUACCUGAACUUCUUCACCAAGGCCACGCCGCUGUCCAAGACAGUCACCCUCAGCAUGUCGGCUGAUAUCCCCCUCGUGGUGGAGUACAAGAUUGCCGAUAUGGGACACAUCAAAUACUACUUGGCCCCGAAAAUCGACGAGGAGGCUUCCUAAGUAGUUUCUAACAGACCGAAAAGGGAGAAUGGAGAAAGACAGACGACUGUAACUCAUCCUGAGUGACGGAGGGACAGAAGUGAUCCUGUGAUGGUCGAUGCUCACUUUGUCUGAUGUUUCUGACUGUCAAAUGAGAUAUCAACAGCUGUGGUGUAAACAGCCAGAUGUGUAAAUGCUGUCAUCUGUAUGAUGUAAUGAAGCUUCAGAGGUGUUCAGAGCUGCUGGCUUUGGUCCACAGAUCCCCCGUGUAAACUUCAGCACUUGUUCACUCCACCACUGGGUCUCUUUCUCUAUUUUUGCCUGUUUUGGCAAAUCAGAUUUCAAAUAUCCCAUCUUUUUUUGUAGAUAACGCAUUUGUAAAUACUUUGUGGUUUCGCACUGUGAGUCACCGCUCCAAUUGCUUUUGUAUUCAAUCAUUCAGUCCAAAAUAAAUGAUUCAAGUUGUUUCGAA